GUUGCAAUACUUGCAAUACAUCCAUGAUUCCAUACAAGUUGAUAGCAACUUGAUACAACAGCUCCAGUACCUUCAAUGUUCCUACCUACACUAUCUACCUUACAUUACAGGGGUUAUGCCGUAACUCUUACUUGCUGUUGCUUCUUUUUGCUGGUAGACGGUAGAUACUGUACACCCAUAGUUGCUGGUUGCUGUUGCUUGCUUUCGCUUGGUGUAACCCCGACUUCUUGGGUCGACUGAUUAAUCCUCGGUCUUCAUCUUCCUUUUAGAACAAAAGCCCGCCCAUUAACCAACUCUCUGGAUUCUUUCCUAAGAUUCUACUCUUUUUCUUAUUUUGCUCUUUCCUCUCUUUCCCACUUCCAUCUCUCCCCUCCCUCUGCUUUUCAUGAUCUCAUGCUCUCAUGCUCUCAUAGCUCAAUCUCGUUUCUCUUCAACUGUCGCUGCUGGUUACAGCCCGAAGGGAAUCCCUAAUUCACGCACGAGAGUAUUCCAUCUGCCCUACCUUGGCCUUACCUUGCCUUACCUACUAGGUAUCAAUUCACCAUACCGUAUGGGCUCCAGUCCGCUUACUAUAGCUGGGAAUCAUACUGGUCUAUACUUUGAACAACAUUUCCCCGUUACUUGAGCUUAAGCUUUCAUGACGACAGGUCGAGCUUUGGCCCCUCAAGCCCAGGCACAGGCACAGGCAUGUUCCAGCCUCAACCAGCUCCGUAUUCUUCAUACGCUUCAUAUGGAAUUCACGUAGCCAACGCAGAGAUUCCCGAAUACGCCUUCCAACCUACUCCACUGGGACAAUUUGGGGCUGGUCACGCUGGUGGUGCUGGUGCUGGUGCUGAUGCAGGCGCAGUUGGUGGACCAACAACAGCCGACAUCUUCACCUCGCCAAUCUUUCACAGCCAUAAUUCACUAAUACCUACUGCCAAUAAUCCCAGCCAUCUUUCUUACAACAACAGCAAUACCAACUCAAUACCCCACGGCCACCACCAAAAUCAUCCCAAUCUAAAGAUGGAACCUAAUCACCCAACUGAUCUCGCCCAGCAGGAGGCUGCAGCUCGCGAAUUCAAGCCUCAAUUAGAGGGUCCUCUAGUUGGCGACAGGAAACCAAGCACGGCAAUUACGGAGGAAUAUGCUAAAGCAGAUCCGAUAUAUGUCGCCAAAACUAUGGCGCUACCUCAGACCUACUCUCACUAUCGCCCCAUUCAGGGAGAUGGCAACUGCGGUUGGCGAGCAAUCGCAUUCGCAUAUUUCGAGACCAUGGUACGAUGCGGCGACAUAAAUCAAGCCCAAGGCGAGCUAGCCCGGCUAACCAGCUUGAACAACUUCAUCGAGAACGUUGGUGGCCAUGACGCUUGGUUAUUUGAGGAUAUGGUAGCGGAAACGUUCGACUUGUUCAAUUCGAUUAUCGCCGCCAUGUCAAGCGGUCAAGACGGAAUGCCAUUCGUGAUGGAGAAAUUUAAUAACAUAGAAUCGUCGCAGUCCAUCGUCUACCACCAACGCUUGCUUGCUUCGUCAUGGUUGAAAGGCAACUUUGCUCAAUACGAACCAUGGAUAACCAGUAGCGUCGACCACUACAUUUCGGACACCAUCAUGCCAAUCGACAGGGAGAUUGAUCACAUAGGUGUGUCGCUUCUUCACGAUGUGCUGCUCAAACCAGCAAAUAUAGUGCUAGAGAUCGCCUAUUUGGAUCGGAGUGAAGGCGUGGAAGUCAAUGUGCACCGAAUGCCAGAUGAGACUAUUGGUCAGGACCCGGCUGUAUUGGGGCCCAUGAUUUAUCUGUUGUACCGUCCAGGCCACUAUGAUAUUCUAUAUCGCGACUCUAUCAUCCAACCUCCACCCCUACCACCCACACCAACCACCCUAUCCAUCAACCGCGCAACUUCCUUCACCCACCACCACGAGAUCGAAACAAGCAUUCCGCAGCAGCUACAAGAUUUCUCAGUGGACAUGAGCGCCUUAGCCUUGAUACCAGGCUUCGCCGCGCCCGAGAUGUCCCCAUUAGCAUCACCCCCCGCUGCACCAUCUCCCAUGUCGGACCCUUACUCUCCUUCUCCCCCAUCCCCAUGGAUACCACAGCCAUUUUCGGAUGGGUUGGCAACCGCGCCCCCACAACAGCAGCCAAGUCCUCAACAACAACAACCCACGACACCCAUGACGGUCCACCCACUUCGUUUCAGCAAGUACAACUUUCCUGACUUGGUCGAGACGAGCACCUUCCACGAACCCGCCUUUACCACGAACACAUUCAAGAAUAGCCACUUCAAUGUAGCCCACUACAACAACAUGAAUUUCCAGCCCGAGAUGUACAGGCCCGAGGCGGAAGAAGAGAUACCGCACGGAAGGAGCGGUGGCCGGAAACGGAGUACUGAGCAUUGUGCGGUCAUCAAAAAAGAGAACCGGAGUUAGAGGUGUUUUUCCCCUUCCUCAUCUCAUAUGCAUUCUUCCGUUUGGAGGUCGGCAGCAAUUCUGAUAUAUCACAUCCCCCCCCC